UUUUCAAGAUGGCGCCGGACUGGCCGGAGUGCCGCUGCUGUGGAACCGUUGAGGGGAUUUAAUUAAUCUGCUGCUCGGCGGAGACGUGAAAUUCUCCACAAAAGAGACAGAAAACCGUGUUUUUAACCCGUCGAGCGGCCGCGGAGAGCGACAUGCGGGCUGUCAGGUAGCGGCCGGAGGCUGAAGAUGUUCUCCUCUUCCUCCGGGAACAACAGGACCUGCUGCCGCCGCCGGAGCUCCGGGCCCACCGGGCAGCGCCAACACACGCCCGGCGCCGAGGCUCGCUGGUCGGCCUGAGCCGCCAUGGAGACCCGGGGGGAGACCGGAGGGUUGGCCGUCGACCUGAACGAGAACGAGGAGGACGGAGGGGGCCACAAGCCGCACCAGGGGGGUCUGAAGGAGCAGCUAGCGGGGGGGCAGGGUCACAUCUCCGGGACCGGGACCGGGACCGGGAGGGGGGUCCACACGGAGCACCACAGGGGGGUCACCGGGCUGGAUGUGGAGGUCCUCCCGGGGGGAGACCACGGCGGCCUGAACGGAUUCACUGAGUCACUGCUCGGUCAGGAGGAGGUGGUCGGAGGAGGAGGAGGAGGAGGAGGAGGAGGCCGAGCUUCCUGUCCAGCUGGGCUCGUCGGGGGUCGAGUUUCAGCCGAGAUGAGGCAGCAUCCUGCGGGGGGGUCCCCCGGUCCCGGCCCCUCCUCCCAGGAGGAGCAGGAGGAGGCGACUCCUCGGACUCCUUGUCUCCUCCUGGACCGGCUGGGGAUGCUCCAGCUGAGCCCCCCCGCCGAGCCCCUCCAGGGUCCAGGUGUGGGCAUGCCUAACGGGGGCAGCCCUGGACCGGACCCCCCCUCCUACUGUAAACAGGGUACCGGGGGGUUCUCCUGCUCCAGCCCGGUUCUCCCGGGACAAACCGUCUCCUCUGGGGAGGAAGUGAGAGUGUCCAACGGUGGGUUCCACAUCGUGACGUCCACUAGGGACUCUUGUGACUGGGACUCGGACUUGUCCGAAGACAUUUAUCUAGGGGCUACGUUGGGGGCCGGGGUCGGGUUCUGCAGCGGGACAUUGGUGCCCCAGUGCCCCGGGGAGGAGGCACCGGAUCCCCCUCACCCCUCGGACCCCUCCUCAGACUCCCCCCAGCUGGGAUCAAGUGCCAAACCCUGCCCCCCCAACGUGAACGGGGACAGCCCUCUGUCCGAGCCCACCAUCCUGCAGGAGGAUGAUGAUGAUGAGGAGGAGGGCUUCCGGGACCUCAGUUUCCCCGUCAGGCCCCAGACUCUGAGGACUAACCCCAACCUGGUGGUGUCCCUCAGCUGUGACGCCACGCCGCUGUCCCCGGACGACGAUGGAGGCUUUUAUUUUGGGGAGGAGGGCUACGAGGAGGACUUCCGGAGCGUGCUGGAGGCGGGUCGCAGGCAGAGCGCCCCGGACAAGCUGCCGGACCUUCACAAGGACCCGGACAGCUCCGAGACCAAGAUGAUGCCAAAGAGGUUCGGCAUCGCAGAUUUCUUCACCAGGAGCCUGUUUUCUAGGAAACCCAAAGAGCCGAAGGCGUCCCACAAUGCAACAGGGUGGCGUCUGUUUGGGAAGACGGCAGCCAGAGAAGAAGAGCAGAACCAGGAGCAGCAGAGUCCCCAGGAGGACCAGGACCAGGACCCGGAGACGGAGACGGACUCGUGUCCUCAGCUCCCUCCGGCUGGAGGACGGAGGAAGAACCUGGAGUUUGAGCCUCUUUCCACCACAGCGCUCAUCCUGGAGGACCGGCCCUCGAACCUUCCUGCUAAAUCUCUGGAGGAAACUCAGAGGCACAAAAUGGAAUAUGAGGAGAUGGUGGCAGGAGCCAAGAGGAGAGAGAUGAAGGAGGCUCAGAGGAAGAAGCGUCAGAUGAAGGAGCGCCACCGUCAGGAGGACAGCAUCUCCAACGCCAUGGUGGUGUGGAACACCGAGAUCCUGCCGCACUGGGACACCAUGAAGGGGACGAGGCGGGUCAGGGACCUGUGGUGGCAGGGUCUCCCCCCCAGCGUCAGAGGGAGGGUCUGGAGCCUCGCCAUCGGCAACGAGCUCAACAUCACUCCAGAGCUGUAUGAGAUCUUCCUGUCCAGAGCCAAAGAGAAGUGGAGGAGCUACAGCGAGACGAGUUCAGUCAACGACAACGAGAGCGACGGAGGAGCCUCUCUGGCCGACAGAGAAUCCAGUCUGGAUCUCAUCAAGCUGGACAUCUCCAGAACCUUCCCCUCGCUCUUCAUCUUCCAGAAGGGCGGUCCCUACCACGACCUCCUCCACAGCGUCCUGGGAGCCUACACCUGCUACAGACCAGACAUCGGAUACGUUCAGGGCAUGUCGUUCAUCGCGGCGGUCCUGAUCCUGAACCUGGAGGAGGCCGAGGCCUUCAUCACCUUCGCCAACCUGCUCAACAAACCGUGUCAGAUGGCGUUCUUCAGGGUCGACCACGAGCUGAUGUUGAAGUAUUUUGCAGCCUUCGAGGUUUUCUUUGAGGAGAAUCUUCCUCGUCUCUUCAGUCACUUCCAGAUCAACAACCUGACCCCUGACCUCUACCUGAUCGACUGGAUCUUCACCCUCUACAGUAAGUCCCUCCCUCUGGACGUGGCGUGUCGGGUUUGGGACGUCUUCUGCCGGGACGGCGAGGAGAGUUUGUUCCGGACCGGACUCGGCAUCCUGCGUCUGUUCGAGGACGUCCUGCUGCAGAUGGACUUCAUCCACAUCGCCCAGUUCCUGACCCGGCUCCCCGAGGACCUGCAGGCCCACACGCUCUUCACCGCCAUGGCCAACACGCACAUGAUCAGCAGGAACCGCCGCUGGGCUCAGGUGUUUUCUGCGUUGAUGAAGGAUGGAAUCAAAGAGGAUAAAAACAGCAGCCCGGCUCUGAGAAGCUAACACUAGCUCACCCUGACGCUAACACCUCCAAACUAAACGACUUUGGAGCCGGAAGACGAACUCUCUGGACGUCGGACUGAUCCUCUGCAGAAGGAAUCAUCGUUUUGGUUCGUGUCACUACUCCACCAGCUCACUGAAGCUGGGAAUUAACCCCUGAGUGGGAGAAUCUCCUGUUAUUCCUGCUCUAUAAACACCACUAACAGCAUCGGCCCUGAGUAAUUCUAAAGACUCCAAAUCUCUGUUUUCGGUGCUAAUGAUUUUUAAGAACGACCUUUAAUUCUAACUGUAGGUCCUGUAGGUUUUGAUCUUACACUAUUAUUAAUUUGCUGCAUUUUUUUUAGCUUUGAAAACAACGAGGGGAAUCUGCAGAAGCAUGGCUGAAGCUAAUAUAAUAUCAUGAGACACUUUAAGCUCUGCAGGCGACACAUUGGGAACAUUUUCUAGUAAUUAUUAAGGAAUCACAUCUCAUCAAGUGCAAGCAAACUAAAUAUUCAGUGUUUUAUUUUAACGUUUUUACAGGAAAAUGAAUUAUUAUUAUUAUUAUUCCAUGGUCCUCUCGAGGCUCCAGGAGGCUUUUCUACACGUGUUAAAUACUUUAAAAUAUCCUCAAUAUCUAAAUCAAACUGUUUAAGGAGGUAAAUAUCAUUCUAAGUGUUCAGUAACACACAUUUUUAUAGGUUUUAGACUAAAUAAUAUGGUGGCCCUGAGAGCUCACAGUGCUGCAACUGAAGAAAACACAAAACACAACAAACUGAGAAAACAUCUUCAACAAUCUGACAACACAAGAGCAGCAUUUAGAAAACAAGGACC